CUCAACUCUUAUGAAACACGAGAGGAUAACGUCGUUCUUCUUAUCUAAAGCUUAGUGGGUGGCCAUUUCUGAAUGGCUUCUCAAACUAUUUGCCUGACAAAGCCAAAUAUUUUUCGUUCCUGUGUGAUUUUAUUACGUUCUAUUUCCUCUGUUGGGAUGGAUGGAAUGGGAUCAAUAACGAGUCGUUCACCUCUUGAACGUAUGGAGUUUGAUAAUGUCGUCCUAAAGAAACUUCCGCUGGAUCCAUCGGAGGAGCCGGGGGUGAGAAUGGUGCGCGGAGCUUGUUUCUCUAGAGUCAAGCCGCAACCACUAAAGAACCCGAGGUUCGUGGCUGUGUCCAGCCCGGCACUUGCGUUGCUUGGGCUUGACGCAGAGGAGGUUCUGAAAGAUCCUCUUGGGCCUGAGUAUCUCAGUGGUUCUAAAAUAAUUCCCGGCUCAGAGCCUGCUGCCCAUUGCUAUUGCGGGCACCAGUUUGGACAGUUUGCGGGACAGCUCGGUGAUGGAGCUGCUUGCUAUUUGGGUGAAGUGAAAGCGCCAGCUGACCAAAGUCCUGACCUGUUGCUUGAAAACCCUUGUGGACGUUGGGAAAUCCAGGUGAAGGGCGCUGGUUUGACCCCAUACUCCAGACAAGCAGAUGGACGGAAAGUCCUGCGCUCCAGCGUUCGGGAAUUUCUGUGCAGCGAGGCAAUGUAUGCAUUGGGUGUGCCCACAACUCGUGCUGGAUCACUGGUGACCUCAGACUCUCGUGUGAUGAGGGAUGUGUUCUAUAACGGGAACCCACAGAUGGAGAGGUGUUCCGUGGUUCUCCGCAUUGCUCCCACUUUCAUCAGGUUUGGGUCGUUUGAAAUCUUCAAACAGGCUGAUGAACUCACAGGGCGACAGGGCCCCAGUUACGGGCAUGAUGAGAUCAGGACGCAGAUGCUGGAUUACGUCAUUGAAACGUUCUACCCAGAGAUCCAGCAGGCACACACUGACCCAGUGGAGAGGAACACGGCUUUCUUCAGAGAGGUGACGAGGCGAACAGCGAGACUUGUGGCUCAGUGGCAGUGUGUGGGUUUCUGUCACGGAGUACUCAACACUGACAACAUGAGUAUCCUGGGAUUAAGCAUAGACUACGGACCCUUUGGUUUCAUGGAUCGCUUUGACCCAGAUUUCAUUUGCAACGCCUCGGACAACUCGGGCCGUUACUCGUACAAAGCCCAGCCUGCCAUCUGCCGCUGGAACCUGGCUCGCCUGGCAGAGGCCCUGGACCCAGACCUGCCCCCAGAGCGAGCUGAGGCAGUGCUGGAUGAGUACAUGCCCUUCUACAAUGCCUUCUACCUGGCUAACAUGAGGAAGAAACUGGGGCUGCUGAGGAAGGAAGAGCCAGAGGAUGAGAUGCUCAUCACUGAUCUAAUGCAGACAAUGCACAACACAGGUGCAGAUUUUACCAACACUUUCCGCUGUCUGAGUCAGAUUCCCUGUCCCUCAGAAGGUGAAAUGGAAGAGGACAGUGAGACUGUGAAGAAGGCCACAGACCUGCUCCUGCAGCAGUGUGCCUUGCUGGAGGAGCUCAGAGUGGCUAACAGACCCACUAUGGAUCCCCGGGAGCUGUCGAUGCUGCUGUCGAUGGCUCAGAGCAACCCAGCGCUGUUUCACAUGCUGUCAGACAGGCAGACCGUGGCCCGGCAGCUGGAGAGACUGGCCAGACUCAAAGACUUACUGGAAACCAAUGAGGAACAGCUCAAAGCCAAGCAGACAGAGGACUGGACAUGCUGGGUCACCAAGUACAGGAAACGACUUGCCCGAGAGUGUGAGGGUGAGAGUGAUGCAAAGGCCGUGCAGGAAGAGAGGGCCUCUGUGAUGAACAGCACUAAUCCCCGUGUGGUGCUCAGAAACUACAUUGCCCAGAAUGCAAUAGAGGCUGCUGAGAAUGGAGACUUCUCUGAAGUUCAACGAGUGCUUAAAGUGUUGGAGAAGCCAUUCUGUUCUCAGGAGGGACUGGAGCAGCCAGGCUGGGUUGGCAGAGGAGGUGUGGAGGAGCAGGGAGAGAGAGAUGAAAGUGGAGAGGGAGGGGAGGAUGAAGAAGAGAGAACACAGGAAUCAGCAGGAGCUGAAGCUCGCGUAUUUGUCCCGUACGAUAGCAAGCCUCCAGCCUGGGCCAAUGAAAUCUGUGUAACCUGAUCAUCCUAAACCCUUCCCAUCAAUGACCCUUCCAAUAUGAGAGACAGAGCGA